UUUGCUUAAAGGGACUUGGGCCAUCUUCUUGAGUUGGACCCUUUUUCCCUAAUUUCUCAAAAAUCAUCUCUCCACCUGAUUUCCUUCUCAGCUUCUCUCUUAUAUAUAUAUGUACACACAUAACUCUCCAUAUAGAGGAUCGAUCCUUUCUUCCAACUCUUUCAACUUAGAUUGCGCAAGAGAAGAGAAAUAAGUAAUGGAGGUGGAGAACACGUGGCAUGGCUAUGUUGAUUGGAGAGGAAAACCAGCUGCCAAACACAGACAUGGCGGCAUGCUUGCUGCCUCCUUCGUUUUGGUUGUGGAGGUGUUGGAGAAUUUGGCGUUUCUGGCGAAUGCGAGCAACUUGGUGUUGUACCUUACGCAAUACAUGCAUUUUACGCCGUCUGGAUCGGCAAACACCGUUACGAAUUUUAUGGGAACGGCGUUUCUGCUGGCGCUGCUUGGCGGCUUCUUGUCAGAUGCCUUCUUCACCACAUACCAAAUAUUUUCUAUCAGUGCACUCAUCGAAUUUCUGCCAACGUGAACAGGGCCUAGUACUACUCACUGUGCAAGCGCAAUCAAGCUCCUUAAAACCACCAGAAUGUGAGGCCGGCAGCCUGGAUUCGCCUUGCCGGCAAGUUCACGGUGCUAAGGCUGCAAUGCUCUUCUUAGGCCUCUACUUGGUGGCGCUAGGCGUUGGUGGCAUCAAGGGCUCGUUACCGCCCCACGGGGCAGAGCAGUUCGAUGAGAGCACCCCACAGGGAAGGAAGCAUAGAUCCUCCUUUUUCAAUUACUUCGUAUUUUCUCUGUCGUUUGGUGCCCUCAUCGCGGUCACCCUUGUCGUUUGGAUCGAAGAUAACAAAGGCUGGCAAUGGGGGUUUGGAAUCUCCACACUCACAAUAUUGUUGUCUAUUCCAAUCUUCCUAGCUGGCUCCAAAUUUUACAGGAACAAGAUCCCUCAAGGAAGCCCUCUCACAACCAUAUGCAAGAUACUCAUAGCCUCCUUGGUGAACACUGGCACGACCAACGCGGUCACAAGCAUGGCCGCGAGCCCUUCUCCAACAACACUCCACGACGAAGGGAACAACAAAGUGGCAACAGAGUCACCACUAAUAUUCGACUCUCCAUCUCAGAGCCUCAAGUUCCUCAACAGAGCUGUUGAGAACAAGCCAGCUUGCACCGUGCUGAAAAGCACGGUGCAGGAACUGGAACAAGUGAAGAUUGUACUCAAAGUCCUCCCAAUCUUCGGCUGCACGAUCAUGCUCAACGCCUGCCUGGCUCAACUCUCCACCUUCUCGGUCCAACAAGCCGCCACCAUGGACACGAAGAUCGGUUCCCUAAAGGUCCCCCCUGCCUCCCUCCCUAUAUUCCCAGUCGUCUUCAUCAUGAUCCUCGCACCACUCUACGACCACACCAUCAUCCCAUUCGCUCGUAGACUAACCAAGUCCGAGACAGGGAUCACCCACCUACAACGAAUUGGUGUCGGCCUAAUCCUCUCGGUAGUAGCAAUGGCCGUGGCCGCGCUAGUGGAGAUCAAACGCAAGAGAGUAGCGACCUCCUCAGGGCUGCUCGACUCGACCAAACCCCUACCUAUAACGUUCUUAUGGAUUGCGUUCCAGUACCUAUUCCUCGGAUCAGCCGACCUCUUCACCCUAGCCGGCCUACUCGAGUUCUUCUUCACAGAGGCGCCUCCCGCCAUGAGAUCACUAGCGACGUCCCUCUCUUUCGCAUCGCUAGCCGUCGGAUACUACCUAAGCUCUGUCAUCAUGUCGAUUGUGAACAAUGUGACAGGCGAUUCAACCCACAAAUCUUGGCUCUCAGGCACCAACAUCAAUCGUUACCACCUUGAGAGAUUCUAUUGGCUCUUGUGUGUGCUUAGUGGCUUGAAUUUCUUGCACUAUCUCUUUUGGGCUACUAGGUACAAAUACAGAUCUGUUGGGUCAAACAAGUAGCAUUUUCGACAAACUCAAAUUUUGGUCAUUUUGUUUAGAGUAUGUAAAUAUGAAUCCAAUGACUUGCUUGAUGCAGUGAAGGACAUCAUUUUACAUACUCUUGUAUAAUAAUCAGUUUCUUGAUCUUGAAAUGGAAAUUGAUUCGGCCCA